AAGCUGCAGAUUCGUUCCCUGGCAUGAAACCUAAAACGAAUUUACACUUUUUUCCCCAAAGAUUCGCUUUUUCCGCUUACUCGUACCCGAAAGCAUGAAACUUGUGGAGUAAAGGCGGGCGGGUGUUUCCAUUUUGCUUUGGCACUGUUUUGAGACGUGGAAGAACUAUCGCCAACAAACAUCAACAAAUUUCCACGCGGGUCUUCUCGUGAUUUCAAUGGCGUUUUUUUGAUCACCCGUUGCGUAUUCCUCUGUUUUCUGGGUUUUUUUGGGGGGAGAAUCGUGUUUUAGGGUUUAUUGGAAAUCAGGGUUUUUGUUAGAAGAUGAAAAUGGUGGAGAAGAGGAGGUUGUACGAGGAGCUGUCUUCUCCGUGGUAUUAUAGCGUUUGCACCAUUGGAGGAACGCUCAGCGCCGGAACUACCCAUUUGGCUAUAACUCCUCUUGAUGUCUUGAAGGUCAAUAUGCAGGUGAAUCCCAUCAAGUAUAGCAGCAUGCCUUCAGGUUUCUCUACUCUCUUGAGAGAACAUGGCCAUUCCUACCUGUGGAGAGGUUGGUCUGGGAAGCUUUUUGGAUAUGGUGCUCAAGGUGGCUGCAGGUUCGGCCUUUACGAAUAUUUCAAGACGCUUUACAGCAAUGUGCUGCCCGACCAGAAAAGGACUUUGGUAUAUUUUCUCAGCAGUGCGUCUGCUCAAGUAUUUGCCGACGUGGCUCUGUGCCCUUUUGAAGCCAUAAAAGUCCGAGUUCAGACUCAGCCCCAUUUCGCAAAGGGAUUGCUUGAUGGAUUUCCAAGACUAUAUAGAACUGAAGGUCUUGCUGGCUUUCAAAAGGGACUUCUACCACUCUGGGGUCGCAAUCUCCCAUUUUCAAUGGUGAUGUUCUCGACAUUUGAGCAGUCAGUGGACUUCAUAUAUCGGAACAUCGUGCGUAUGAGGAAGGAAGAUUGCUCCAGAGCUCAACAGCUUGGAGUUACAUGCUUGGCUGGCUAUACAGCCGGAGCUGUCGGUACUGUUGUCUCUAAUCCUGCGGAUGUGGUGGUUUCAUCUCUUUACAACAACAAGGCCAAGAGUGUUUUGCAGGCUGUGAAGAAUAUCGGGUUCGUCAAUCUUUUCACCAGAAGUCUUCCUGUCCGGAUCACCAUUGUUGGACCUGUCAUUACCUUGCAGUGGUUUUUCUAUGACACCAUCAAAGUGUUGGCUGGAUUUCCGACCAGUGGAGGCUCGAGCAAACCCGUGGAUGCAACCGUACUAUAAGCCUAGUCGAAAGGGAGAGCUAUUUAUAUAACACUCACAGGCAAUCGUUUGGCCGGAAGGCAGAGUUCUUGUCUGGUACGAGACGCCAUAUUCUGUGGACUUUUGUUGUUCUUGAGAGCGCAGGUGAUGAUGAUAUAGUGAUUGAAAGAAUCUAUUUACUUCAAUCCGAAAUCUGAGGUUGUAAAUAAACUACUAAUGACUUUGGUCUUGUCUGUAUAAAGAAGAGACUUACGGCAUUGAUGAUGAUGGUUCUCUGUCUGUCAUCAAUGGAUUUUAUCCA